ACGCCGACGUGGCUCUAGUAUUUCUACCCGAACAGGAAGGCGAAGAUGUGACACAAACAUUGGGAAGAUUUACUAAGUUUUUCUCACGAUCUAGAGGGAGCGGUGCUCUUCUCAACAUCGGAAAAUUUAAACCAAGAAUCUUGAAAUCACACAAUGUAAGAUGGCUACUACCACGAGAAUUGUUUUCACGGGGUUAUCGGAGAGUAUCAAGAGGACACUUGGCGUGAUGGAGCAGAACAGCACACCAGCGUCGGCCCCAACGCCGCGCAAGCGGCAGAGGCUUACGCACCUGACAGCGGAAGAGAAAAUGCUUCGAAGAAAACUGAAGAACAGGGUGGCAGCCCAGACAGCCAGAGACCGCAAGAAGGCCCACAUGGACAGCAUGGAAGAGACCCUUGGAAUGACACAGCUGGCCAACGAAGAGCUGGUGAAAGAGAACGAGGCCUUGAAGCAAGAGAAUGAGAGACUUGUGAAAGAGAACCAGGAACUCAGACAGAGAUUGGGGCUAGUUUCUGACAUUAAAAUGGAGACCAAGACAGACAAAGAUGUGGUCGUCAUAAAGAAGGAAGUUGGAUCACCUGAGUCCGCAGCACUCAACGCUCCUCCGCAGCAGGUGCAGAUCCAACUGAUUUCAGCAUGGCUGGCAACACUUCUCUGCUUGAGUCUGAUGUGCUAUUGGGAUUGCUUGAAAAUCUGGACUCCCAAGACCCGGCACAUUGUCACCUUGGACGAGGCUCCUACGAAACCAGCCAAGGCCAAGACGGUGCCUACCCAGUGGUGGGGCCCUCAACAAGAGUUGGAAUCCCUCAAAGAACUGAUCCGCUUCGAUCAUGAGUAUGUCAAGAGGCCACCCAUUCCCACACCUACGAUUAUCAUUGAACAGGAGAAGAUGGCUAACUCAGUUGCUGCCAAACCGAAGCCCCAGGAGCCAGCAAUCAGUCUGGAUAUGGAAGAGUCAGUAGUGGACUUGACUUCCGGUGAGGACUCCCCUGCUUCAGCCUUAGAAUUUUGUAGCAACAUGCUGCCAAACAAGGCAGAAGCUGCCCUGCAGGACAUGCUGGUGUCACUGAAAGAUGCCUCACUGUCUUUGGAUACAAAAGACACGACAGUCCCCAACCUGCUGUCCAUCGAUGACGGUGUCUUUGACUGCGACAUCUCGGACAUGCUCGGGUUGGACUCUGACGUCACAAGUUGCGACACAAAGAGCGAGACGGGCAGCUCUGCUGAUUCAGCAUUCAGCGACACCCCAGCAUCCCCAUUCAGCGAUGAGGCCAUGUCACCCAACCUCGGGGACAGUGUAUGGGAGGAGUCCUUCACUGACCUCUUUCCAUCGCUUGAUUACCUGUGAAAUAAACACACCUCCCCCCUUGAACCAAUUCCUUUUAAGUGGAUUUUGUUGUGCUGUAUAUACCAUGCACACCAGAUUUACAGUACUCAUUCAGCCUAACUUUGUUAAGGUCACCUUCAACUUUAUAGAGAGUAAUUUCACAACCAUGACUGUAGCCCAAACUUUUAAAAUCAACGUGUCUUGCUUAGCAAAAUAUGUGUGCCAGCUUAUCAGUUUCAUCAAGCACAAUUUAUUGAUGGCUUAAACUGUAGCAGAAGUCCUCAAGCAAUUACUUUCCACUAAUGCUGAAAUGGUUUGCUUAGUUUCCCAUUUAUUUUCCCUGUUUGUGCUUUUAUCUUUGUUAAAAAAGACCAUGAAUUCAGUUUGUUCAGCUUAAAGGUCCUAUGAAGAUAGACAACAUCAGAAACAAAUCAGACUUCUCUUGGAAGAACUGUUGUAAAUAUGCGACUGUAUUAUAGCUUGCUUUCUCCUGUUUGAUGUAUAUAAAACAAAUUAUAUUUAGUGGUGGCAUAUACUUCAAGACAUCCAGUUAACAUGAUUAAAGGUUGUUGGGAAAAUUUAA